AAGUAAACAAUCAUCCAGAUCGACAACUUUAUUUUUUUUUUUUUUUUGCUCAAUUGAUACAAACAACUUGAGGAAUUUUAUUAUAUAAUCAUAGAUAAUUAUAAUUAUUAUGAUUGCGUUGUAAUUUAUCGCUCUAACUUCAGUUCAUAUUUGAUAAAAAUCAUGGCCAGGUGGUUAAUUGUCGGCAUCGGUGGUGCAACUUGUAGUGGCAAGACCACCUUAUCAAAAAAACUCCACGAAUUUUUUAAAAACAGUCGAUUAAUUAAUCAAGACUCUUAUUUUCUUUCUGAAGAUGAUCCGAGACACGUUCAUAUUCCUGAAUUGAAUCAUCACAACUGGGAUAUUCUUACCAGCUUGGAUACGAGUCGUAUGUACGCAGAUGUGUUAAAAAUCCUAUCGGGAUCCAACAGAUCAUCAAGUGGAGCCAAUAUUAAUAGCUUAAAUAUUAAUAAAAAAAUUGAAGAGACACGUGUGUUAAUACUUGACGGGUUUUUGAUAUUUAACGAUAAGCCUAUUGCCGAGUUAUGUAAUCUCAAGUAUUUUUUAACACUAACUAAACAGCAGUGUUGGGAAAGGAGGCAGCAAAGAGUCUACGAUCCACCAGACGUCCCUGGAUACUUUGAUAAAGUUAUUUGGCCCGAGUAUGAAAAACAUCUUGAAGAGAUUAAGCGUGAGGAUAAGAUUAAUUUCAUUGACGGUACCAUGAAACAAGAGGAAAUUUUUCAGCGAGUUUUAGCAGAUAUUUCUAAAGCAAUGUGAUGAAAAUUUUUUAUUUCCAGAUGUGGAUGAAAUUUAUGACACUGAAGUUAGCAGACGUCUAAAAAUUUUUGUU